CUAGGCUUCUCUCCCAGGGGCUGCAAGGUGAGAGAGCCCAAGCAGUCAUGCAGAUCAGUGCUUCGCAGAGACAGGGGCAGGUGCUUGACUGGUGGGGGGAGGGGGGAAUUCCCCUAAGUUACCACCUUGUGAAUACAGUUACAAUCAUUUAAUAUUACACAUUGAUAUGACAAACACAAGCACUAUUUUCAUCCCUAGCACCCGUAGCUAAAUCACCAAUGAAUAUUCCCACUACAUAUUGGAUAAAACAGCUGUUCUAUAAACCAAUAUAGUGAGGUACGAUUACCAUGCAGUUUUUUGCUCUUAAUGUAAAAUACACAAAAUGAGAAUCAGUAAAAGUAGGCUGUAUUAAUGUGACUCCUGAAGCUUGUAAUAUGCAUUUGCUAAUAUCUGGUUUACUAAAACGCCCAAACAAUUCUGCAUCUUAACUUUGUGGCAGGUUGAAUAAUUUGUCCAUAAAGUAUAGUUUCUUACAAGUAUUGUGUGGCUCAAUGUCAGCAGAAGACUUUGUGGUUUAAGAAAAUGCUACUGGACUGAUUGUUUUUUUUUUUUUGACGGAAUUUCAUGGUCCCAAGUGAAGUUGAAGGGGAUCGUUGCAAAGAAAACACAGAUAAAGAAAUAAAUAACUACACUUAAACUUCCUAUUGUAAGGAAAGCGCGGCCGAUGACAGGUCUGCAUGAACGCGCCUCGGACGCCGACGUGGGUCACGUGAUGCCCUCUUACUGGAAACGCCUCGUUCCGUGUCUCUUCGACUAAUUUAACUUUCGAAUCUGUUUGCAUAGUGAAUUUAAUAUUUUGAAAGAGAAAAAUAGCGGUAUAACCAUUCAGUGGCGUUCAGCGUUGUUAUUACUUUUGUACAUAUAUAUUUAUUUACAUCUCGGGCACUUGCGUUUCGACGUUUUUCGGACAGGACAGUGGUUAUGGUGGUCAGCCUCUGGCAAGGGCAAAGUUUACCAGGUAGUUAGUUGGAUAGUUUGGUAAAACUUAGUUUGUAAAAGUUAAUUCCGAAGACGCGGAAGGAGGGACACCAAGACUUCUCACUUCGCAGCAUUAACGAUUGUCCGGCAGUAUGGCAACCGCACCUCCAUUGGAGACGGUGGGAUUUACGUUUUCUCCUCAGCCACCCUCAUAUGAGGAAGCCAUGAGCAGCCCCUACCCCCCGGGUUUUGUACAGCCACCCCCUGCUUUCUCUAAGCCUGAACAAGGACCCUACCCAGUUCAACCAUACGGACCUCCCACAACCGGCCAAGUGGUGUCCGUACAGACCGUCUACGUACAGCCAAGAGUGGUAUUCGGGUCCCAGCCUGUGCAGACGCACUGCCCUGGGUGUAUGCAGAUGGUGUUGACCCGCCUGGAGCACAACACUGGCACCAUGACCUGGCUGACCUGUGCCGGCCUCUUCAUCUUUGGCUGCUUCUACGGCUGUUGCCUGAUUCCAUUCUGCGUGGAUGACUUAAAGGAUGUGACCCAUCAGUGUCCAAACUGCAGCACUGUCUUGGGAACCUACAAGCGCCUGUGAUCACAGUCAGGUGACUGUCACCUACAGGUCAUUUGUUCUGCACCACCUUGCUGUUUGUGUUCUGUAACCACUAUAGAUUUAUGAUAAAAGUAUUACCUAAUAGAAUUUCUUUAUGUAUAUUUGAACUAAAUUACUAAGUAGUUAUAUAAAUUUACCUGAGCCUCAGAGGCCUCAGAGAAUUCUGUAUUAUUAAGUCUCCUCCUUUAAAAGCAUGGCUUCUUACACACAGUCAGCUUCAAAAUUAUUGGUACCCUUCAUGAAAAUGAGGUAAAAUGAAUAUAAGCCCCAUGGUUUAAUCUUCUAACAAAUUUUUGUAGCAAAUUUAAGGUUUCCGUUAGUAACACAAAAUUUCUUAAAAAUGCCGUUCCAAAAAUAUUGACAUCCCUAAUUUCAAUAUGUAGAGCCUCCCCUGGCAAGAAUGACAACGAUCAACCUCUUUCUAUACUGUUUUUAUCAAGGUUGGAGCACACAUGCAGAGAAAUCUUGAACCACUUUUCCAUGCAGAACAAGUGCAGCUCAUUCCAAAAUUCCAAAUCCUGCGCAGUUGCCAGCCACAAAAAUCCAUAAAUGAUUAAUAGAAAUGAGCUGCAUGCUCAUAUAAUAUGUAAAUUAAGCCUUUCUGGUUGCAAAGUCUGGCUAUAGCCACAGUAAAUAGAAAACCAAGAAGAGGAAGUUUGAACAGUGUGAGGUGAGAGCAUGAAAAAAUACAUUUAUCACAAACAUUUAUCACAUGUAUAUUUUACUGUGUCUAGCACCUCUGCACUAUGUUGCAUUUUUGCAUAAUGGCAACAUAUUGCCACUGUAAAUUCCAUCAGUGCUACAAUACACCCCAUUGAUCUGAAGAUCAAGAGA